AUGCCGCGUCCAACAUUACCACCCACGCCCGCGUCCUCAACGGACAUAAAGGGCCAAGACGGCUCCAAGGACCUCGCCUCCCUCCAGCUAUCCUUUGAACUGCCACCGCCAGCAAUCAUCCAAGACGCCUCGAAGCUCUCCCCAAAGGACACGAGGAGGACGCCGCCCAGCAACACCAACACCAACAGCUUCCAGCCCAUCUCGCCGCCCAGCAACACCAACACCAACAGCUUCCAGCCCAUCUCGCCGCCCCACGUCAACGCGAACAAGCCGUACCCGGUCCAGCCCAGCGAGACGGUGAAAUCCCGCCGGCGCUCGUCGGCGGCUCAAAAGGCGGCUGCUUCCUCCAACGAAAACUUCGCGCUGCCUCCGCCGCCGACUAGGUCACGCAAGAUUAUCCAGAUGAAGCCGCGCGCUCAGCAGCAGAACGAGGCCGAGGCGAAAGACGCUCCGGCGGCGGCAGCCGGUGCCAAGUCCGGAGCUGCGGGUCCAGGGAAGGCCGGCCCGGCGGCGGCGGCGGCGGCGAAUGGGGCCUCUUCCACUGCUUCCACGGCGCAGGGCAAGAAGAAGGCGCCGUCAGCGACAAGUGUGGCUGGACGCAAGAUUGCGAGGAAGACGGCACACAGCUUGAUUGAGCGGCGCCGGAGAUCAAAGAUGAAUGAGGAGUUUGCCGUGCUCAAGGGUAUGAUUCCGGCUUGUACUGGAGAGAUGCACAAGCUGGCAAUCUUACAGGCAUCGAUCGAAUACGUGAGAUACCUGGAAGACUGCGUCUCCAAGCUCAAAGCCCAACGCGACGCCUCCGAGGUUCGCUCACCUACCGAGUCCGGCCUGCAGACGCCUUCCGGCGGGUCCCGCGCCGAGCCGUGGGGCCAGAUCCCGCAAUUCGUGCCGCGGUACCAAGAAGAUCCCGACGAUGUGGAGAUGACCGACUCCGAGGCCCCGUCACCGACUUUUCCGCCCACGCAACAGCAGCAGCAAUACCCGCAGCAACAACAACUCCCUCACUCCCGCUCCCAGCAGCCAUCCGUAUCGCCUGCCCUCUUGCCGCAGGACUCAAGACACCGCCACGAUUCCUAUUCGUCUGUCUCGACGGACCACCCGCGCCACAACAGCUAUAGCUACAGCACAUCGACGACAACGUCACCCGCGUUCGGGCCGCAGGCGUACGCUGGCGGCGGCGGGUACGGCAGCCUUUCGACUUUGACGAGUCCCGCGCUGGCGCCGCAGCGGGACCGCGAUUUGGAUCAUGAGGCGACGGCUGCGCUGCUGAUGCUGAAUAGCGAUCGGAGGGGUACGGUUGGGGAGGCGAGCGGCGGGACUGCUGGUGCUAGUGUGAAUCCGACCAGAGGUGCUGGGCGGGGGAUGUCGGUUAGGGAUCUGCUUAGUACUUGA